AUGCUCGCCCCCAAAAGCCUGCUUCUGCUCGCAGGCGCAGCUCUUUCUUCCGCCGCCCGCCUCGUCGUCUCGAUCCCAUCCUCUCAACUCCUCCCAAACCCAUCAACUCUACCAUCAUCAACACACGCCAUCCUACUGGGCCCACCCGGUGUGCGCUACGACGCACCAAUCCGCAGAGACAACACCCUCGUCUUCGAAGACAUCCCAGACGCAAGCUACCUGCUCACUCUCCACGCCCGCGACCACUUCUUCCCACCACUACGAGUCGACGUCUCGAAGGCGGCAGAUGAGACUGCGCAGACGAUAAGCGCAUGGCAGACGUUCAGAGGCAAUGAGUGGAGUAACAAGGGACCGAGCUAUGGGACCGGCAAGGGGGAUCUUACGAUCGCGGUGAGCCCAAUCUCGCAGAAGGAUUUCUACAUGGUCAGAGGAGGGUUCAAUUUGUUGAGCUUCUUUAAGAACCCGAUGAUUUUGAUGGCGCUAGGGUCGGGGGUUUUGAUCUUUGGGAUGCCGUAUAUUAUGGAUAACAUGGAUCCUGAGGCCAAGGCUGAGUUCGAGGAGAUGCAGAAGAAGAGCCCGCUCAUGGGCAGCGAAGGUGCUGCGAACCAACUUCAGAACUUUGAUCUUGCUGGCUGGAUGGCUGGGAGGUCUGCACCUGCUGGAGGCAGUGCGAGCGCUUCGUCUGGAGCAGGAGGGAAGAAGAAAUGA